AUGGCUUUUGUCAUAAACAAGAAAAUAGUAAAUUCAUUUAAAGAAGUUACAGUUGUAUACAAAAGAAUCAUGAUAAUGCACGUGCAGAUUGCAAAUAAGUACCCAUUGAUUAAUGCACAUGCACUCACAAACAGUGAUAACAAAUAUUGUGAAAGAGUUCAACAAUUUUGGACAAAAGUGGAAGAAAACAUGUCAAAAAUUCCUGGCGAAGAUAUAAGACUUCCACUAGGUGAACCCAACUUGCAACUUGCCAGGGAAAAGAACACCAAAACCUUUUUGCGAGUGAAAAGCAUUACAUUUCUUCGAGGUGCACAUUCAGAUGCAGCUGCAGCUCUUAAGAGCAUUUUGUGUGAGGAGCUUAAAAACAUAAAGGAUGCAGAUGCGUGGAAACAGGAACAUGUCCUUACCUCAAGUCAGAAAGUUCCAAUUACUAUCGAGGGCCAAAAAUCAAAGAUACUGAAUUUCUGUUCCCAUAAUUAUCUUGGCUUAGCUACUCAUCCUGAUGUUAUAUGUGCAGCUAAAGCUGCUCUUGAUGAAUUUGGUGCUGGACUUGCUUCAGUUCGUUUUAUAUCUGGAACUCAUUGUUUACACAAGGAACUUGAAGCAAAACUUGCAAAGUUUCAUUGUAGGGAAUCUGCUUUGCUCUACAUAAAUUGUUUUAGUGCAAAUGCUGGAUUUUUUGAAGCCCUUCUUAAGGAUAAAGAUGCUGUUUUUUAUGAUGAGUUAAGUCAUCCUUCUACUCUUCAAGGAAUACGCCUUUGCUGUGCUCAGAAGUGUGCUUUUAAACAUAAUGAUAUGGCAGAUCUUGAGCAGCGUUUGCAGCAGUUGAAGUGUGCAAGACUGAAGGUGAUUGCUACAUGUGGAGUAUUUCCAAUGGAUGCAGACGUUGCUCCCUUAACAGAUAUAUGUAAGCUGGCACAGAAAUAUGGUGCUCUGAUGUACUUAGAUGAUUCCAAUGCAACGGGCUUCAUAGGAAAAACAGGAAGGGGAACUGAGGAAUUGUGUGGCAUGAUGGGUGUAGCAGAUGUGAUUACUUCUACACUUGGAAAGGCAUUAGGUGGUGGAACUGGAGGAUAUACAGCAGGUUCAAAGGAACUGAUUUGUUUCCUGAGACAAUCUAGUCGAACAUAUCUCUUCACCAAUGCAAUACCACCUUCAUCUGCUGCAGCUGGAAUAAAGGCACUUGAUCUAGUUAUUAAUGAUGGAUGUUUUAUAUCACGUGUACUCAAAAACACAGAAAGAUUCCGAUGUGCUAUGGUUAAAGCGGGAUUCAGAAUUGCUGGAGAAAAUCAUCCCAUCUGCCCAGUAAUGUUAUGUGAUGCAAAACUGGCACACAAAAUGGCUUCAGAAUUGCUGUGUAAAGGAAUUUUGGUGCCAGCUUUUACCCAUCCUUUAGUACCAAAAGAUAAGCCAAGAAUUCGUGUGCAGAUAAGUGCAGAACACUGCGAUGAAGACAUUGACAAAGCUGUGUGUGCAUUUACUGAAGUUGGCAAGAGUUUGAAUAUAAUAAAGUAA